GCCAAGUCAGUCAGUGCGUCGGAAGGUGCCGAGGCGCGAGCAAGCAGCCUCCGCCGCGUGGUCCAGUGCUGCUGCUACUGCUGCUUGGAAUAUGCCAACCCCCGACGACAACCCCCUAGAGUAACGAGCCAGAGGAACCGGGGUGCACGGACGCCCCUUGCUGACGCUCCUACCCUUAAACACCGCGGCACCGGCAUGACACGCUCGCACGCAGCCACAGGUUGAAAGGAUGGCGGACGGUUGGGGCGACGUGACCUGAGCCGAUGGAAAACGUGACCAAUGUGACCGAGGCGGAGGUGGAGGCGGGUGGCGGGGGUGGCGGCGGCGACGAGCUGCGCCAGGUGUACGAAUUCCUGGUGAAGGGGGUGCUGCUGGGGUUGGUCAGCCUGCUCGGCAUCCUCGGCAACGUGCUGACCAUGGUGAUCCUGUCGCGGCCGCAAAUGCGUUCCAGCAUCAACUGUCUGCUCGUGGGGCUGGCGCGCUGCGACGCCGCCCUCCUCGUCGCCGCCAUCCUCAUCUUCUCGCUGCCCUCGAUCGCCGCAUACACCGGCUGGCUGCCGCACUACUCCUACUACGUCUACCCUUCCAUCGCCAGGUUUGUCUACCCGGUGGGCCUGAUCGCGCAGACUGGUUCGGUGUACCUGACCCUGACGGUGACCCUGGAGCGAUACGUGGCCGUGUGCCACCCGCUGCGUGCGCGCUCGCUCUGCACGUACGGCCGGGCGCGAAUCUACGUCGUGCUGAUCGUGCUCUUCUCCGUGCUGUACAACACGCCGCGCUUCUUCGAGGUGGAGCGCGUGUCCGACGUGCUGCCGCCGCACAACACCACCGUCUACAUGGUGUCCGCUUCGGCGCUGCGCAACCACCCCCUCUACAUCACCAUCUACGUCAACUGGUCCUACCUGCUCGUCAUGUACUUCGUCCCCUUCCUUGCCCUCGCCAUCUUCAACUGCGCUAUCUACAUGCAGGUGCGGAAGGCGAACGCGGAACGGCAGCGGUUGUCUCGGCUGCAGAAGAAGGAGAUCGGGCUGGCAACGAUGCUGAUGUGCGUCGUGGUGGUCUUCUUCAUGUGCAACAUCUUGCCACUGGUGAACAACGUGCUGGAAGCGUUCUAUGGCAUUCUGCAGGACGAGCUGAUCGCCACGAGCAACUUGUUGGUGGCCAUCAACUCGUCUGUUAACUUCAUAAUCUACGUCAUCUUCGGCGACAAAUUCAAGCGGCUCUUCCUCAAGCUGUUCUGGCCGAAUCGCGGCGGGCGGUGCUGCCGCGGUGGCCGCGACUCGCCCGACGCUACGCACGAGGAGAGCUUCGUAUCCAACGGCCGCACGUUCAGCGUGCGCCAACCCAGCGGCCGUCUGCCCAGGCCGGCCGGCGGACGCGACGUCAAGCUGCAGCUGCUGGCGCCGUCCGCCACCCCGCGCUGCGUCUAUUACCCCGCUGACGAGCUCAAGGGGCUCGACGAGCAGUGCUGAAUGCUAAACCCCCUCGCGUCCGUUGCUUGUCCUAUACCGUUCUCGCUCGCCACACACACGACCCCCCUGGGCUUAUGGAGGUCGGUGUGUGCCGCACGUCUUAUUAUUUGUCUUAAAGGAGCACUAGAAUUUUAUUUUUGACAGUGCCAAUCGAUUUCAGAGGGUCGAAUAAAGGUUAGCUAAACGAAUCAACCAGCUUAAAAUUUGACAUGCCAAAAUUAGCGAUAACAUAAAACUCUUUUUAAGAGAAACCUAGCAAAAAUAUAGUAACUCAAGAACACCAGCUACCAAUCAGAAAAGUGAGCACGCUGGUCUUAAGAUCGAGACAGCAGUUCCACAGCGACAGCCAGCGAAAGCAACAAGGUGCAGACCAGUUAACAGCUUCAUUUCUCGCUCGACUCCCUUGUGCUGGCUGUCGCAGUCGCGCUGCAGUCUCGAUCUGGCUCCUUGCCUGCUAAGAAAGCGUGUGAUCUAUAACAAUUAUUAGGUCAAUGGGAGGAAAAACCGCGCGAAAACAUGUUUGGUAACGAACUGCAGUUGCUGGGGAAAAGUUUUUGGGGUUUCGUUGCCAGGGAUUCCACAGUGGGUUGCUGGGGUUAGCAUUAGCAGCUGCCACAGAGCUCCUUUCUCUGAUUGGUCGGCGGCGUUCUUGUGGUACUUUAUUUUGCUAGGUUCAAACAGAAAAUCGCUGAAAUUAUACGGCUUUUAUGUUUCCGCCAAUGUUUGGCACAUUGCGUCGAAUUGCUGACCGAUUAAUCCAGCUAUCUAACCUAUUCCGACCCUCAGGAACUGAUUGGCACUGCCAAAAUUUUAAUUCCAAAAGUAUUUCUUUAAAUCCAUGAAUUAAAAAAUCCUAAACUGAAAAGAUUCUUGCCUGUGGCGUACGCUGGAAGACAAAGCCAUUUUCUCCCGGCCGUCAAAGGCACCACCAUCGCCACUCGGGCUUAAGAAUGGAGUUCUUAAGGGAGUUAAGCAGUUGUAACACACACAGACUAUCCUGUGUGUGCUAUUUCAGAUUUCAUUGCAGCUGGAGUUGACACGGAGUAAACUUUUCUCCUAAAUCUCUUUCUGGCCUGUAUGUAAUAAAAAUUAUCCAAAUGUUUGAGAAAAUACUUGACUCUGUUGCGAUUCAAAUGAAUUUGCAGCACUUUCCUGUAAUAUUGUGGUCUGUAUGGAUGAAUCGCAAUCGCAUUGUUGUAAUUAGCAAAAACUGAUUCAGUCUUCGAGAAAAGCGAUUUAUUCUUUCACACUCCCGCUAGGAAAUGUUGAAAAUACUUGCAAAAAUGGACGGAUUUUCUUGCCUAGGUACUGAGCCAUCUACAAGAAAAUUCACAGGACUGAGAAACGUGCUAAACUGUUUAGGGGAAUUUUACGCUGGAAAUGCAGAGCUAAAUUUUAUCAACCUUUCUACAUAAUUAAAAAAGGUAAAAUAUAGCAGGGGAAGAGGCAGGUAUUUAAGAAUAUUGUAUUUUAUCUAUUAGCUCUCGUGGAAACUCCAGCUGAAACAUUUAAUUUAUUCUGUGAAUAUGCGUCAUCCCAUUGUCAACAAGCAACACUCGGACCGAAAAGGAAAGUGCAAAAAGACGCUCUCUGUGAUUUUUCUCUGAACAACCCCUUUGUCGGUGUUUUAAAAAUGAAUUUACGAGUUUAAACGCAAAGAUCGUGAAUGGAUUGGUGUAAAAUGAUGACACGACGUCUAAGCAGCAUCUCAAUAAAUUAACGAGCUAUUUCAUUCCAAGUGUAA